AUGGACCGGUACUGCACUCAAUGGGCUAUCGAUAACUGCGGGCCAAUGCGUGAGCACCAGAAAUACCGGACAAACAUUCGGGACAGCGACUGCGGACUCUGGGCUGCCGUCGUCUAUCCCUCGGCCAAUUGGCACAGGUGUCAGACAUUGAUGAAGUGGUCGCUAAUGUUUUUCAUAUGCGAUGAUUACCACGAUAUAUGUGUCGACGGCAGCGGACAUCCCUUUAAGGUCAACCACUUUUGGCACCAAAUGAAUGAAGCGCUGGACACUCUACUACCGAUAACCGGUGGCGAUCAGUAUUACACUCGAGUAGAGUGGCCAGAUUACGUCAAAGGGGCGCAACAGGUUAUGCGGGAUUUAUACUUUGAUUUUAGUGACCAACAAAUCCGGCGAUCGGUGGACAGCAUUAAGGGUUAUGUCGCCGGAAAUAUAGGCGAAUGCCAAUGGAGUGAGGGGUCCAUCGAAUGGACUGACUAUAUGAACGCUCGUUUGGGAUCAGUUGGCGGACACAUGGCCUUACAGUUGAUAGAGUACGCCAACGACAUCGAGCUAACCGACGAGGAAUGGCAACACCCGUGGAUCCAAACGCUAAACCGUUUAGUGGGCGAAGAGAUGACACUAAUCAACGACUAUUACACGUUCAGGAAAGAGGUGAUGGAAAACGGGGGCAACUUUUACCAAAUGCGACACCCGUUCGCACUACUCGUGACCGGCGAUUCGGGACAUACACUGCAAUCGGCGGUCAAUAAAGUGCGCGAAAUGAUUGUGGAAAAGGAUACGGAAAUUGUGGACACAUUGCGGGCGAUCGACGCCUGCGUUGAGUUGAGGACCGCUAAUAUCGGCCAAUACUUGCGCGGAGUGAACGAGUUUUUGGGCGGCUAUUGGCUGCACGCCGUCACCGCCCGGCGAUAUCACGGACUCGACUACUUGGAUGUUAUACCACUUGAGGGACAGUUUGUUUUUGAUAAAAACCGAACAAUUAUUAAGCCGAGUAAUGUUCGCCAAGAUAAUUUUAAAUGGCUUAAAAAUGUACCGGGUAAUGUGCAACCUAAAUAG